GCACUAUUAAAUGUGGGGCCUUCUCCUUUACAUAGUGAGUGAACAAUCAACAAUCUGAGUUAACUUGGUCAUAAUAACUUUCUUUCACACUUUACUAUUGCUGUUUUAUCAUGAUCUCUCUCCAUUUUCUUGUGUCUACCAACUUCUGAAUCCACCCCAAGCAUCCCAAGAGAUGGAAUUGCUCUAUCACCUUGGAGGAAGCUGUUCAUAGGUCAUUUUCCCUGCACAUUCCACUCUUUCCAAGAUGGAAUUGAACCAUCAAACUCAUUAACUACACACAUAAAAAGGCAUUUUUGGUAAUGGGCUAAUGGCAGCACACCUAAUUAGCACAGGUAUGGCUUUUGAAGAUGGUUCUAAAAAGGAGCUGCAUAAAGUUGGUAGAAAAAUGUCAAAGCGAUUCUCUCUUUCUGGGACUAGUUUGGCUUCUAUGGAGUCUUUGUCCCGGCCAUUAGUCCAGGAAGUUGUUCUUUCAGCAGAUAUGCAAUGUGAAAAGUGCCAGAAGAGGGUUGCUGACAUCAUUGCUAAAAUGCAUGAGACAGAGUCCAUGGAGGUGGAUGUGUUACAGAAGAAGGUGACACUCACAUUUAGGUUGUUACCAACUGUUGGUAAAGUAAUCACAGAAGCACAGCAAAUUACUCCCAUUAACAGGAACAAUCUCCCUAAAGUUGCCAUCAUUAAACGGAUAUUCCGCUCUUCCCAUGGUUAAGUACACCACUCACAAGUCACAAAGGAGAAAAAAGGAUCCAGAUUCACAUGUGUAUAAGAUUCUCUAGACUGAUUUUACAGUGUAUAGUAGUAGAAUAAGCUUUUAGUGUGUUCUUUAUUGAAUUUGCUUUUUCUCUGAAGAGACAUUAAAAGGAAUUCAUUGUGUUUUGUGUUAAACAGGAAAUUCGGACCACACAAUGCAUAGCCAAGCAAUGUCAUUCAUUGCCCUUAUUCGAUUUUAUUAUACCUUGGUCUGCUCAACUCAAAUUGUAAUGGUGAACUGAAUUUCAUGUACAAGGUGUUAAUGUUAAUUUUAAGACUGAU